GAUCAGUAGUGAUUCGUGAAUCCACCCAAGAAGCACCGAGUUAGCGGUGUUCGAAUACAUCGGACAGUGUGUGUGUUACUCGUUUAAACUAGUGGAUAAUUUUUUUUUGAAAAUGUGCCGCUUACCGACGUUAAUGUGCGCCGUUUUGACGCUGAGCGGCAUCCUCGAGGAGACCACGGGUCUGGGUCUGCAGGAGAACGCAGGAGCGGGCUCGACCGGCGGCGGGGCGGUGUCUCACUUCGAACCGCAGGUAGCCAUGCUGUGCGAUUCGGGGAUGCACGGACAAGAAGCCUACCACCCCAAGUACAUGACCGAGCAGGGUGAGUGGGUCUCGGACCUCUAUUCCAAGGCGACCUGCUACAAGGACAAGAUGGACAUUCUCAAUUACUGCAAAAAGGUUUAUCCGAAGAGGGAUAUAACAAACAUCGUAGAAAGCAGUCAUUAUUUGAAAAUAGGCGCUUGGUGUCGAGCUGGCUCCGCUCCAGGGUCUCAAACAAGAGGAAAAUGUAAAACUGCAAGAUGGGUUAAGCCGUUCAGAUGUUUAGAAGGACCGUUCCAAUCCGAUGCUCUGCUGGUGCCAGAGAGCUGCAUGUUCGACCACAUCCACAACCAGAGCAACUGUUGGACCUUCGGCCGUUGGAACGCCACCGCAGGGAACGCUUGCCAAGAAAAGGGAUUCCAGUUAAGAUCGUUCGCCAUGUUAUUACCAUGCGGAAUAUCCCUAUUCAGCGGCGUAGAAUUCGUCUGUUGUCCGAAACAUCUUAAAGACAAUUUGAAGCCGAAGAAGCCGGUCGAUCUCUCGAUUCUGAAGAAAGAAGACGUCUUCGAUAAUGUAGCUGACGAUGACUAUACCGAUGAGGAAUCCGACGAAGAAAUCGACAAAGACGAUCUCGAGGAUCUUGCCGAUGAAACCGAGCUCUCCGACGAUCCCAGCAUAGACGAUGACGAUGAGGAUAUCUACGAUGAUGACGUCGAUUGGGACACGACACCUUCGAGUACAACCGUAGGUUAUGCACCCACAUCACCAUCAACAACUCCCAGUACUACUACCACUACUGAAAGAACUACUACCAUGGCCACGCCGGAUCCUUACUUCACUCAUUUCGAUCCCAGAAACGAGCACGAAAGCUACAAGGAAGCACAGGAGAGACUCGAAGAGACGCACCGUGAGAAGGUCACCAGAGUCAUGAAGGACUGGUCGGAUUUGGAGGAGAGGUACCAGGACAUGCGGCAAUCUGACCCCAGAGCGGCCGACGAAUUCAAGCAGAGGAUGACCCAAAGGUUCCAACAAACCGUUCAAGCCCUGGAGGAAGAAGGAGACGCCGAGAAGCACCAGCUGGCUGCUAUGCACCAACAGAGAGUCCUGGCGCACAUCAAUCAGAGGAAAAAAGAGGCGAUGGCUUGUUACACGCAGGCUUUGAACGACGUUCCUCCAAACACCCACCGCGUCCAGAAAUGUUUGCAGAAACUGCUUAGAUCCCUGCACAAAGACAGAGCUCACGCCAUCAGCCACUACCGCCAUUUGCUGGCCAAUAGUAUAGAAGCUGCUGCUCGCGAGCAACCCAGAACUUUGGAACGUCUAACUGAUAUCGACAGGACUGUAAACCAAAGCAUGCAAAUGCUCCAAAGGUAUCCUGAUUUGGCUGCUAAAAUUGGACAACUGAUGGACGAUUACAUUCAAGCUCUCCGUUCGAAGGACGAAACUCCGGGAUCUCUAUUAGCUAUGACAUCGGACGCCGAGCAAGCCAUAUUGGACCAAUACAAAUCCGAAGUGGCUACCAAACAGGCCGAACGAGUCAGGCAGAGGAUCCAAGAGAAGGAGCGAAAGGAGCAGAGGAAAAAGGAGAAAACCGAACUGAAAGAGGAGAAGAAGCGAGUCGAAGAAGCACUGGGCAAGAAAAUCACCAACUUCGACGACGAGGAUAUGGAAGAUGAAUCUUUACCGGAAGAAAAAACAUCCACCACCUCCCAACCGACACCCGGCAUCACCUUCGCCGAAAUCAUGAGCAAUUCGAUAACGGCCACCUCCGAGCACCGCGACGUCGACGACGCCGCCGUCCAGGAGGCUGUCGAGCAAGUAGCCAAGGCGGCUUCCCACCGACAGGACGUCAUCAGAGUAGCUCACGUCAUGAACCACGAGAUCAGCCACAGUGAACCGUCGUAUUCGCUGAGAGGAGAGAUGUUCCCGCGCAAGGACGGCAAGAGCGUGUACUUCACCUUGGCGUUCGCCGGCAUGGCCCUGAUGGCGGCCAUCGUCGUCGGCGUCGCCGUCGCCCGGCGCAAAACCUCCCGAUCGCCGCAGAGCCAAGGGUUCGUCGAAGUCGAUCAGGCGGCAACGCCCGAGGAACGGCACGUGGCCAACAUGCAAAUCAACGGCUACGAGAAUCCCACAUACAAAUACUUUGAAGUCAAAGAAUAGAUUGGCGUCGCGCGGUUCUCCUUUUAUCCUUUCGUUUCUGUUCGUUAGAUGAUGAAUAGCUCGGUUUUCGCGCCUGGCAGCACAUUAUUUAUGAUGUUCCGGGUUGAAAGUAGGUCGGGUUAUCUUUCAAUCGGUUUGCGUUAAUUCCUUAUGCAUCGAUUACGAUGAUUAAUUUUACCACCGUAUUAUUAUUUACUUAUAAAGCUUAACCAUCUUUUUCGAUUCUAAUUCCUACGAAUUCCAUCCUCCAAAUUUACACCUACUUAAAGCAAAUAAUUUGUUAACAUAAUCCAUCAUUCCCCAAUCUGCAAGCCGAUUGUAAGUAUAGCAAUUGAUCGUUUUGUUAAGUUUGAUAUUAAUUUCGUUCUUGUAUCGAUCGGAACCGGUUCCUUACCGUCCGAGUUCUGCGCAUUGAGUAGCUUUUAUACGCGGAAUCCUGGCAAGUCAGGAGUCUGCGCACCAUCUUCGCACUAGUAAAUCGAACGCGUUUCCGAUUCCUGCAAGGACACACACUAUUUUGUUUUCGAAUGCUACUGGGAUCCUAAUCAUUCCAUUUAUUGUAUGUUAAUUGUACUUAAGUAACAACUCGAUAAUAAUUCGACGUAUGCAAAAUGAGAUGAACAAAUAUUUUGAACAAGAAAAUAAUAAAAAAAAGAACUAGGAAAAUGAUACUUAAUAAUUUUUGCAUAUGACAGUCCAAUGUUUGAACGUAUUCGUUUAUAUAGCGAGGUAAAUCGGAGGCGAUACCCUGCAAAAGGAAAUUAGAUAAAUUGGUAGAAUUAGUAAUUAAAUAGGUUAAUAGAAAACAUAUUGUGUUAGUCUAUUUAAUUGCUAACUUCCGAGAAAUAGCGAUAUUAGAUAGGAAUAAAACCAGGUGUAUCGCCUUAGAUGCUCUAUUAGUUACUAGAUGUAUAUGGUACCCUCCAUAUUUAAUACCUAAAAGAAGAAUUAGAUUAUAAUAAAAAUUGCAUGUUAAUCGACAAGCUUUUGUACAGGCAUUUUAUUUAAUCUUUUUGAAUUCUCUUUUAUUUUUUAACCGAACAUAAAUCUACAUAUUCGAUAUAUGCGGUAAACCCAGAUUAAAUGGAUUAAUUAAUUUUGUUAGUACCUACUACAAGUGUACUUCUUUAUAAGUUUAAACUGGGUUUGUUCUUAGCCAUUUACUUACUAAGUAUUUAACAAGAACUCAUGAAUAUCUUAUGUCGCUUUUGUGCCAUUUUAUUGUGUUCAGUGCAUAUUUAAAUUAAGAGUUUUUUCCACUUUAUUCUAUUAACAAUCGUUAAUUAAUUAACUAUAUUAAGUUUAUGAAUAAUCGAGAAAUGAUGAAUUUAAUUUCCAUUGAAUUUUCCGCAAACCAUGACAUUCGUAUUCUUGAGUAAAGCGGUAAAAGCACAAUAUGCCUUUGAAAAAAAUAUAUCAUUAAUUAAAACAUAUUUUACCGGUCGUUCUGUUUGUUUUUUCAAACUUUCACCGAAUGAAAAAUCAACAAGGGAAUUACAAACAGAACGACAAGUUUGUAUAAUCAUUUUUUCAUUCGAUAAUUAUGCGGUUUUCGAUUUAUUUUUCGACCAUCUGUAGAUAUAAAACACCCCGUUCACAUUGUCAGAAGCUUUUUUACCCUCUGAGAGAAAAUACCGCCGUAUAUCACGGUAGCAAAAUAAGGAAUUAUAUUAAAUAAUAUGUGUGUAUUUGUAUAUUCGUGAGCUUUGAAAAAGUGUUCCUACUGAAGCACUUGUUUUUCUUUGUGCGAAUUUCGUUGAAUCACUAGUGCUUAAAAGAAGUUUUCGUAACUCGGAAUUUUGAAAUCAAUUUCAACAUUUUUUAUACUCCCAAUUUCGACUAUUUCUAUUGCUAGCUAAAUACAAAAAUUAGUUACUCAUUUUGAUGUGAUUUACAAUCCACUACACAUAAUGAGAUGAAACAUUAAUUGAUGUAUUUGAAAUUGAGUCUACAAAAAAUGAUUGAUAGAUAGGAAAAUGUUACAAUUCCAAGACUUCGUAACAAUAAACUUGUUGCACAUAACCAUUAAGAUUGCAAAUAAUGUUUGAGCACUAGAGUUGAAAAGCGUUUUUCAUUUUUUCUUAGUGGGUAAGUCAUCAAUGUUCGAGAUGAGCUUUUCAAUUAAAACAGCUUUCAAUCGUUUCCGUACAUAUUCUACUUUGAUUUGUUUAUAAACGUUCUAAAAUCACUAGCUGUGGCUAGGUAAUAGAAAGCGUGUUUGAUGUGCAUAUUUAGUAUUUUCCCAAAAAUUUUCAUAAAAAGAAUGUGUAAAAUAUUUUUACCCAAUAUCAUGUAAAACUAACUGAAUUUAUUAUUUCGUUUUUUUUAUUUUUUUUUAAUAAAAUGCUGUGUUAUUUCUAUUAGUACCUUUUACCUACCUAAUCUU